AUGGACGUGUUCGUAACCGGUGGCACCGGCCUGAUCGGUGCAGCCGUUGUCAAAGAGUUGCUUUCCAAGGGGGCUCGUGUCAUCGCUCUGGCGCGAUCGGAGGCCGCCUCCGACAAGUUGCGCGCCUUCGGUGCCAGCGCUUUUCCCGGUGACCUGAAACACGCUGAAAGUUGGGUUGGCAGGGCAGCGUCCUGCGACGCAGUCAUACACGCCGGUGCGACAUUUGCAGCGGAUAUGGGCAGGAUCGACCGACUUUCAAUGCUGGCGCUCAAGCAGGCCACCAAGCACAGGAAACAACCCCUGAAGCUUAUCUAUACCGGAGGCAUCUGGCUCUUUCCUUCCGUACAGGGCACACAGGCUAUCACGGAAAAAACCCCGUUUGCCCCCGUCCCUGCCUUCCGGUUCAUGGCGGAAACCAUCCGGACGCUGUCUCAUGGCACGGAUCUGAACCUUGUGGUGAUCCACCCGGCUCUCGUCUGCAGCAGGUUAUCAGGACCGAUCGCCGAAAUGACGGAAGCAUUGAAGGCAGGCAGACCAUUCAGGACGCGCGCGGCCUCCGAGACGCUUUGGCCGCUUGUCGAGGCAAACGAUCUGGCAGCGCUCUACGUUCUGGCACUCCAGCAGGCCCGUUUCAGAAUGACAUUGAUGGCAAGCAGCAUAUCCGGCAUUUCGGUUCGUCAUCUGGCUGCCCACAUUUCGGCCCGGCACGGUCUUCCCCUGGAAAUCGAGACGGUUCAGGCCGACAAGGCCGUUCCUCCGGAAACGGACUGGAGCGCCGGCUACGCGUUGUCCCAAAAAAUCGAUGUCACCCAGACAACUCGGGCAACUGGCUGGCAACCGGAGCAUUCCACGAUCGAGGACAUGGUCGUUUCUCUGUCGAGAUAG